GUCUGCGCGCUGAGCGGAGGCGCGUCUGGUCUGGAGUUUAUUUAUCAACGCACUAAAACUUUGCUAUUGUUCGGGGUUUAAGGACUCGUGUCAUGGUGUGAAAGGAAAAUACUGACUGACAGGCAGCUAAAUGGAUUGAGACGGUCCGUCGAGUGAAAGAAUAAGAGAAGAGAGUGAGAGAGAGCGAGGAUGAAUAAUCCAGCUAAUCCAGGCCAAUCCCAGCCGUUCAGACUCCUUUGGAGUCACAGACGAAACACGGCGGAUCACACACGCGUCUGAUGUGCUUUAGACGGGUUGUGUUGGGGGAUCCUGGGAUGCUGAAGGCCUGCAGUGGGAUUCGUAAACACUAAAACAACAGAUCAGAGCGACCCUUGGAUGUCAGGUGUGUCAGGACAGAGCUGAAGGAAAAUGUUUCUGGAGAAACAGCGUUCAACUUUGGUGUGAACAUGAACUCAGAUGCGGUUUUAAAGGAGAUAUAAAAGAGGUGAUGUGUGAAAUGGAUGUUUGGAAGAAGUUCUGCAUCAUGUAAAUCUGAAUAAGUCUCUAAAAACAGUGUUACCAGUGGGAUUCAGCAAAUCUUUUAAAAGGAUGGUGACAUGUUAGAUAUUUUUUGAAGACAUUUUGUGCAAGGAACAUAUUUUUUCUGCUAUUAGUGAGCGUGCAGGCUUUCUGUGUUCAGUAUAAGGUGUUUAAAUUCUUCGUAAAUCCUAUUAGCCUUCUUUAACAGGUUAUUUUUAAACUCCGGCUCGGGAUGGGCAGCAGCUCACGAACCGAUGGAGCUCAUAUAUUACAGACCUGUGAACAUUUAAAAACACUUUUGUAGUAGUAGUUAAUGUUUAUUAGUAGAUUUGAUGUUCAUAUAUUUUGCCUGAGAGAUUGUCAUAACAACACUCUUUAAAACAGUCUUCAGUGACAUUUUUGCAGGAUAUUAUAUUCAAAGUGAGGGUUUUUGUAUUUUUACUGCUCAUCCUAAAGUUUAAAUCUGGUCAGAUCACAGAAGAACACUUAUUAGUUUAUUUGCAAUUAGUUAAAACUGCUGUUUCGUUUAAUAAUGCCUUUAUAUUUACAUUUCUAUUUUUUCUAAGUUUAUUUUUUUUCAUAAUUUUUCUCUCUCUGGAUCUAGUCAAAUAAUUGUUUGAAGUUAAUUUACCAUUUAUUUAGCUUCAUUUAUCUGGGUGUUUGAUUGCUUUGUUAAGCAUUAAGCUUUUUUUUCAGACACAUCUUUUCACAAUUUUUUUUCUUUCUCUAGAUAUCUCCUAAUGAUUAUUUGACAUUAAUUUAACAUUCAUUCAAAUGGAUUCAGGUUGAUUUUUUUCUGACACUUUAUUCCACCACUUUUCUCUGGAUUUGUUUUUAGGAUUAUUUGACAUUUAGCAUUUAUUAUGCUUAAUUUAUUUGGGUAUUUAAUCGCUUUGUUAAGCUAGCGUUUUUAAAGCAUUUUCUGGCACGUCAAUUUUUCGACCAGUGACUUUUUUGGGAUCUUUUUUAAUGAUUAUUUGACAUUAAUUUACUAUUUAUUCUGCUGCAUUUACAUCUGGCAUCUGUUUACAUUUGAGGAGCACAUAUUCAUCAACUUUUUUGACAGACGUGUUGGAUUUGGUUUUAAGGAUCAUUUAAAUCAUAUUUCUCGUCAUGAGUCUGGGAAAGUUGCCAGCGAUCAAAGGCCUGGUGUCCACGUCUCACGGCAAACGGCGGUUUAAGAGUGACCUGUCGGUGGACAUGAUCAGUCCGCCACUCGCCGACUUCCGCCACACGAUGCAUGUGGGCCGUGGCGGGGACGUCUUCGGUGACACUUCGUUUCUGAGCAACUAUGGCGGAUCAAGUAACAGCGAUGGCGUACGUUACCCGAAUUCACCCUCCGGCUCCAAACCGACACGGUUUUUGUCGAGAACGCUACAGCACGUACGAAAGACUCCUCUGCCCCGGUUGAGGGGAGGGUCACGUGACUUCUCGUCCCCUCCACCACCCAUCUCGCCCAUCAUUAAAAACGCCAUAUCUCUGCCUCAGCUCAACAUGAACAAUGGCGGCCUGAUGAGGGCGCUGCUGCCCACCUCCACCAGCUCACCGGACGAGCCGCUCUGCUCCUACGGUCUUCAUUCUGGUUUCAUCACGCUGCCUCGUUUUUCCCGACUCGACCAAAGCUUUGCAGAAACGUCUGAACAGUUCAGUGCAGACAGUCGACGGAGUUCCUUGCCCGAAAACAGCGAGGUCUCGAUGACACGAUCUGAUUCGCUCUCGUCCUUCACGGUGGACCUUGGCCCCUCCCUCAUGAGCGAGGUUCUGGAGUUGAUUGACAGCUCCUGCUGCCUCAUUAAGAGCCAUCAAAAUCAGGAGAUUGAGGAGGAAGCGCUGCAGAGCUCUGUUCAGCGUCCGAUUGGAGCAGACGUCGCCAUCGAGCCCAGGAGGUUCCAGCAGGCUGCUAGCGUGCUAGCACAUCACUUUGGAGGAGGAAGACCUGAAGAAGAGCGUCAGAGACCUUCAUCUUUUAGACACACCCGGACACCGUACAGCUUCACUGAGACGGAGGAAGAAAUCAAAGUAUGAACAUCAAAUAUUUUUGGACAUCUUAAAGGACCUGAAAGAGACCUACUAUACAGUCAGGGCAUGAAUGGAGAGCCAUCUGAAGUCUUUCUCUAUAAAUGAACAUCAUUCAGAUAAACAAACAUUCAGCUGUAAAUUUCUUUGUUUGUGAAUUAUACUUGGAAUCAAGUAUUCAAUGAAUCUGUCCUGUACAUACAGUCAUGACCAAAAAUAUCGGC